AUGCUCACCCGCUUCAUCACCGACGUAUCAACGCGCUUCAACCCUUUCUCGGCCAAGGCCAAGGCCGCUCGGCUCUUCCUCUCCUUCCUCCCUCCCAACGCCCGCUCCAAUGGCAUGAACAUCACCACCCAGCUUCUGCCGCGGAAUUCCACCGAGACUCCUCUGCUCUAUGUCAAGUUCAAGGACGGCAAGGAAAUGAACCUCGACGUUGAGAACCUGGGCAUCAAGAGCAUUGUCGAGGAGGUCGAUCGCCACUCUCGUAUUCUCCAGAAGCAGGCCGAUUUGAACGACGGUUAA